GUGGUGUACGCUCCGCUUUAAAAUGUGUACAGCGCAUUUUGUCUCUGUUGCUCUCUAUAUAUGGAUCGAUUUCGCCCAAUUUUUGUAAAUUCACAACCCUAAUUAAGAUAUAUAUCUAAUAACUUUGGAUAUCCGUCCUCUCUCUUCAACCUGUCGAUGUCUUCCCUCACUUCUGAAAACCCUAUGACACAGUAGGAAGGAUGAAUUCUCAUUUUUUGUUUGUUUUGCCCGAAGAAAUGUGCGUGCUUCCGUGGCCAAGAAUUUCUGCUUAGAGGCGGGUGUUUUCGCGAGGGACUCAAUCGAUGGAGCUGGCGGCGUCGGCGGCGAUGUCGUAUCAGGACUUGUUGGAUGCGCAGAGGGAUCUGUUCAAGAAUCAGAUCGAAAAGCUCCAGCAAGUAGUCGCCACCCAGUGCAAGCUAACCGGCGUCAAUCCCCUCUCUCAAGAGAUGGCUGCUGGGGCGUUAUCUAUUAAAAUCGGAAAAAGACCUAGAGAUUUGCUUAAUCCCAAGGCUGUAAAGUACAUGCAAUCUGUAUUCUCCAUCAAAGAUGCAAUUAGCAAGCGCGAAACGAGGGAGAUCAGUGCUCAAUUUGGAGUGACACUUACACAGGUUAGAGAUUUUUUUGUGGGUCAGCGAGCAAGGGUGAGGAAAUUUGUCAGAGUAUCCAAAGAGAAGGAUGAUAGAUCUUUUGUUCGUGAUGCAAUGAAUGGCGAAGCCUCCACAUCAGAUCCCAGUUUGCCUGUGGAACCAGUCCCGUUGAACACAGUUGCUCCAUCGAAUAUUCAUGAAGGACCUUCAUGUGUAAAGUCCCAUGAACUUUUAUCUGGCAUGGAGGAGUCAGACCCACAUUUUGUUGAAAAUAUAUUUAGUUUAAUGAGAAAAGAAGAAUCAUACUCGGGACAGGUUAAGUUGCUGCAAUGGAUUCUUCGCAUAGAAAAUCCCUCAGUGUUACACUGGUUUUUAAAUGAAGGUGGACUGAUGAUACUAGCAUCAUGGUUAGGUGAAGCAGCUAAUGAGGAACAAACAAGUUUUCUUCAUGUUAUUCUUAAGCUGCUUGAUUACUUACCACUGCGGAAAGCACUCCCUGGGCAUAUGUCUGCAAUAUUGCAAAGUGUAAAUAGACUGCGGUUUUACAGAACAUCAGAUAUCUCACACAGGGCAAGAACUCUAUUAUCUAAAUGGAGCAAUAUGUUUGGCAAAAACCUAUCGAAAAAAAGCAAUGGACAGAAAUCUGCCAGUGAUUUACAGGAUGAGAUGCUGUUAAAACAGAGCAUUAAUGAGGUCAUGGGAAGUGAUUCUUGGGAUUUGAAAUCUGAAAACUCUGAAGAAGUCCUGAGACUACUGUCUGACAAUCCGGACAACCUUAGGAAGUUGGAUGCUGCUCAGCCUCUGAAAAUGCUUACAGCACCUGGAGAUGACACCAAUAAAAGAAGAGGUGUUCUGCAAUCCCAUACUCGAGAAAGAAGGAAAGUUCAGCUGGUAGAACAGCCUGGUCAAAGAUUGCCUUCGCGGGGUCCCCAGGUUGCAAAAUCAUCAUCAACAAUUCAAAGCCGCCCACUUUCUGCGGAUGAUAUACAGAAAGCAAAGAUGCGAGCUCAAUUUAUGCAGAGUAAACAUGGGAAGAUGCCUGCUGAUCCUGAUGAAAAAAUAAAGCCUGAAAAUCCAAAUCUAUGUGCGGCUUCAAAUGCCACUCCCCCAACAUCAGUUUCUAAAAAUCGUGACCGGGCAGAACUGGAGGAGCGGAGGAUAGUUGAGAAUGAUGGCAUCAAACGUUCUGAUCCACCAGCAACUUCGACGCUAAAUUUGGAGGAGCCUCCAUGGAAGAGAUGCAAGAGAAUACAAAUCCCAUGGAUGAUUCCUCCAGAAAUCAAAAUCAGGGAGACAUGGAGUGUUCGUAAUGGGGAAGAAAGCAAAGAAUUUGAAGUCCAGAAAAACAGACAGAGACGUGAGAGAGAGAUAAUUUACAGAGCAGUGCAUGAAAUUCCAUCUGACCCAAGGGAACCUUGGGACCGUGAAAUGGACUAUGAUGAUACGUUAACCCCUGUAAUCCCUAUUGAGCAGUUGCCAGAUGAUGAGCUUGCAGAGACAACUGAUUCCCCAAUGCAGAGCAAGGAAACUGCAGCGCCAGUUGGAUCUACAUCUUCAGACAGUGUGACCGAACCAGAUCUUGAACUUCUGGCUGAACUGUUAAAAAACCCAGAGUUAGUUUUUGCAUUGACUUCAGGGCAAGCAGGAAAUUUAUCGAGUGACGCAACUGUCAAGCUUCUUGAUAUGAUCAAAGCCAAAGGAGUGAAUUCCCUCCCUAAUUCUGGAAAUACAAACAGUUUAGGCGGAAAUUCAAACAGUAAAGUUGAGGUUUCACUACCAUCUCCAACGCCCACGACUGGCUCUGUUCUGAAUGGGCCAAAGCCUGACUUUACUAGAAAUCCAUUCUCCCGGCAGCUCACAGUGGCCAAUGGAAAUACUUAUCAGGGCCCUGCAGUUGUUUAUCCCCAAGGAAUGGUUCCAUCAAGCACUGUACUUCAAUCUCAGAUUCCAGCCUCCACAAUUAUGGCAUCUCAACCUUCAUCAUCAGUUCAGCAGUUAGGACAUGGCGGGGCGCCGCCGCCUCUGGGAGCAUCUCUGCAAACUUCGAUUCAGUUGGCUGAAAAUUGGAAGGCGCCGGUCCCUACAAAUCCACAAUUGUACCACCAAACUACACUAUCUAAUUCUUUCAAUACACAAUAUAUGACUACAGAAAAGAUCCUAAAUGCAAAUUUGGUAGCCAACUCUAACCGGGCUUUGUCUACUGCUCUCCCUUCAUCAUCACUGCCUACAGUGUGGCCUGAAUCCUUAGGCAAUGUUCAGGCGCCACCGGCAUCCAUGGAAUCCAUACCGCAUAGCACAUUGAGCGCAGGGCAAGUUUUCGAAUCAAAAUAUGGGUAUCCCAACAACAGAACUGUGAAUAAUUACAAUGCAUAUCCAGGAAGACCUGUGGAGAAUUCUAUGCUGCCAGGUACCCGGGGAGGUAGAGAAAUCUUUACAGACAGGCCUGGUUUCGAGUCAUGGAGCCCGGAUAACAGCCCGUCUAGACGACAUGAGCACUCGUCAGGCCAAUCACAUCGUGAGCUGGAUGUGAACUCGAGGCACAGAUACGCAACAAUGCCGCAGAAUCCGGUGCACCCUUCUCGUUACCAAGAUCACAAUGUCGGGCCACCCGGGCACAAACAUUGGCGGGACUAUACAAGAUAAUCGUGGCUAUUUUUUACUAGUUUGGGAAUCAUAUCUGAAGUUUGGGGUGUUUUGUUGUUUGUGAGGGGUGGAGAAAGAAAAAAAUGUUGGUGUUAGUACAAUUAGGGAAUUAUUUGAGAUGAAAUGUUAUGGCAACUUUGGCUCUGCUUUCUGUAUUGGACUAUUAUUAUAUGGAUUAUGGAGUAAGAGGACAUUCUUGAUAAUUGGAUGAAA